AUGGUCCAGAUCGACAUCUUCUUCUCGCAUCUGCCGCCGGUGACGCGGUUUUACCUCUUUGCCUCCACGGCGUUGAUGCUGCUUUGCACGCUGGAGGUCAUUUCGCCGUUUUCGUUGUACAUCAACUACAAUCUCGUCUUCCACGGUCAGCUCUGGCGACUCGUCUCCUGCUUCCUCUUCUUCGGCACAUUCUCUCUCCACUUUUUCUGGAAUGUCUACGUCCUCAUCUUCUACUGCGCCACGCUCGAAGACCAUCAGAAGAGCGGAACUUUCCUCUGGUUGCUCAUCACCACUGGAUCGCUCCUCCUUGCUUUGUCGUAUUUGUUUGGGGUCAGUUCGUAUUUCUUUAGCGGGUCGAUGAUCAACGUGAUGACGUAUAUCUGGGGUCGGCGGAAUCCAAACACGCGGCUGUCGGUUUUCUUCAUUUCGGUGAGUGCGCCGUAUCUGCCCUUUGUCCUCGCGCUGAUGUCGGUCUUUGUCGGCUGGAACAUGGCAGAUCACGUGAUCGGCAUCCUCGUGGGGCACAUUUACUACUUUUUCGAAGACAUCUACCCGCUGCUUCCAACUAGCAAAGGCCGGCGCCUCUUCCGCACGCCGCGCCUCCUCCUCUGGCUCUUCAAGGAGAGCGCGGACUGA